UUUCUUCUUUUUCCCUUUUCCUUUUUUAAUUUUCUGGCUCUUUUCUUCGUCUUCUUCUCUCGAACAAAUAUUUAAUUUAAACUACAGAAUACUAAUGCAAGUGGUGGGAGGCGCUGAAAGAGAGAACCUUUGACCGAGAGAAAAGUUGCCAUUCUGCCAACAAAUUGAGGAAAAAAACUCGAAAAGACAACCCCUUUCCCUGUCUUUUCUCAGUUGCUCGCAUUCUACAGGAAUCAAUUCUAACUUCAAAUCAAUUAAUUUGUUUGCUUUUUCUGUUGCUGCUGUUUUAUUUUAUCCUAGUUUUUCGAGUUCUGGGUACAAUUCUUGCUUCUUCUCGGUGGUUUAGCUCAGCCCAGCUCCUGUAUGUCCGCAUAAAUUGAUUUUAAAGAUUGGUCUUUUUUUCCCCUUUUGUUUUCUUGGGUUACUUUUUUGUCUACUGUGUGUUGAUAGCUACAUCGUAUGGUUGAAUGUGUGUUGGUAAUGAUGAUGAGAGUUGAGAUUUAGUGUAGUUGUUAAUGAUGGAAUUAGGUAUUUUAGGUGGUGAAGCUUUGGGGUCAAAGUCAAAGUAUUUAAUGAAUCGUUUAAUUGGCACGAUCUUGUGCUGCUUUGUGCUGGUCUUGGCUGGAUUUUCGCGGGUUUCUGGCAACGUUGAAGGUGACGCGUUGAAUGCAUUGAGAAACAACUUGGCAGAUCCUAACAAUGUUCUUCAGAGUUGGGACCCGACUCUUGUCAAUCCAUGCACUUGGUUUCACGUCACGUGCAAUGGCGAAAAUAGUGUUACACGAGUUGAUCUAGGGAAUGCGAAUUUGUCGGGUACACUGGUUUCACAGCUGGGUCUACUCCAAAAUUUACAGUACCUGGAACUUUACAGUAACAAUAUAGGUGGAAGAAUUCCACCUGAGCUUGGAAACUUAACAAACUUGGUGAGCUUGGAUCUUUAUCUCAAUAACUUAAGUGGUCCAAUCCCCGGCACGUUGAGCAGGCUUCAGAGACUACGUUUCUUGAGACUGAACAACAACAGUUUGACUGGAGAAAUCCCUGUAUCCCUGACUAAUGUCAUGACACUCCAAGUCCUUGAUCUCUCAAAUAACCAUCUCACUGGAAGAAUUCCAGUCAAUGGGUCCUUUCAGCUUUUCACGCCUAUAAGUUUUGCCAAUAAUAACUUGGAGCCUCUGCCUGCAUCUCCACCUCCUCCAUUACCACCGACAUCUCCAUCACCUUCUCAAGACAGUGCAACUGGAGCAAUUGCCGGAGGAGUUGCAGCCGGUGCAGCCCUUCUAUUUGCCGCUCCCGCCAUAGCACUUGCCUGGUACAGAAGAAAAAAGCCACAAGAUCAUUUCUUUGAUGUUCCUGCUGAGGAGGAUCCAGAAGUCCACCUAGGCCAGCUCAAGAGAUUCUCCUUACGUGAGCUCCAAGUGGCGACUGACAACUUCAGCAACCGUAACAUUCUCGGGAGGGGUGGAUUUGGGAAGGUUUAUAAGGGCCGACUGGCAGACGGGACUCUUGUGGCAGUUAAAAGGCUCAAAGAGGAACGAACUCAGGGUGGGGAGCUACAGUUCCAGACAGAGGUAGAGAUGAUAAGUAUGGCCGUUCACCGGAAUCUGCUUAGGUUGCGCGGCUUUUGCAUGACUCCAACCGAGCGCCUGCUCGUUUAUCCUUAUAUGGCCAAUGGGAGUGUUGCCUCAUGCUUGAGAGAACGCCCCGAAACACAGCCGCCGCUCGACUGGCAUGUGAGAAAAAGGAUUGCUUUGGGGUCCGCACGCGGGCUGAGUUAUCUUCACGACCACUGUGAUCCGAAAAUCAUCCACAGAGACGUGAAAGCGGCCAACAUAUUGCUUGACGAGGAUUUUGAAGCUGUCGUUGGUGACUUUGGGCUGGCGAAGCUAAUGGACUAUAAGGACACUCACGUGACCACUGCUGUGAGGGGCACAAUCGGCCACAUUGCCCCCGAAUACCUCUCGACUGGUAAAUCUUCGGAGAAGACAGAUGUUUUUGGGUAUGGGGUUAUGCUUCUCGAGCUCAUCACAGGGCAGAGGGCUUUCGACUUAGCACGGCUUGCGAAUGACGAUGAUGUCAUGUUGCUGGACUGGGUGAAGGGACUUCUGAAGGAUAAGAAGCUGGAAAUGCUAGUGGAUGCUGAUCUUAAAGGCAACUACAUAGACGAGGAAGUUGAGCAGUUGAUCCAAGUAGCCCUACUUUGCACGCAGGGAAAUCCAACCGAACGGCCCAAAAUGUCGGAAGUUGUGCGCAUGCUCGAAGGAGAUGGGCUGGCCGAGAGGUGGGAUGAGUGGCAGAGAGAGGAGGUUUUUCGCCAGGAGUUCAACAGCCCGCAUCAGCCCAACACUGACUGGAUUAUUGCCGACUCCACUUAUAACAUCAGGCCCGAUGAGCUGUCUGGGCCCAGAUGAUUUUAUUUUAUUUUAUUUUUUAUCUUAUUUUGAUCUUUUGGUUUCAUGGUUAUGAUCAGUGCAUAUCUGUGACUGACUGGGGGGAGUUUGUCCUGUGUUUCUAUGUAUAUGAUUUUCUUGCAUUUCCUUCUUUUGUUUUGUUUUGUUUUUCUGUUAGUUGUUUCCUGUUAUAGUAUUUUUUUUUUCUUUUGGUAAGGGGAUAUUUUUUUAUAAUUUUUUUUUUUUUGGUUAAGGUCAAAGUGU